AUGGUGGUGCAUUCUAGUCUCCUAUUGACCUCCCUUGUUCUAAUAGGCCUCCUAUCUCACAUCACCGAAACCAUCUCCCAUGGAAACUGUGAAGGAUCUAGCCGGUGCACAUAUGUUGUACGUGUGCGCCCUCCUCCCAACUUUUCCAUGGACAUGAGCCCCAUGAACCUUGAGGACUGGUAUAGAUCAUUCCUCCCACCAGGAAUGGCUAGAUCCAAGCCUCAAUCACCAUUCAUACACACCUAUAGAGAAGCCAUUCUUGGCUUCGCCGUGAAUCUCACAAAAGAUGAGGCUGAAUACAUCAAGACCAAUGAUGGGGUCCUUAUGGUGUACCAAGACAACCUUAUUCCACUCUUGACCACCCACACACCAGAUUUCCUUAGCCUACGGCCAAAUGGAGGGGCUUGGAAUACCUUAGGCAUGGGUGAGGGAAUCAUCAUAGGGCUCCUCGACACUGGCAUAGACUUUGCACACACAUCUUUUGAUGAUGCCGGCAUGGCCACACCACCUGCUAAAUGGCGUGGAUCCUGCAAGUUUGAAAGUGCCCACUGCAACAAGAAACUUAUUGGUGGAAAGUCAUUGAUUGGUGGCGAGAAUCCUGAUGCACCAACGGAUGAUGUUGGCCAUGGAACACACACUGCUAGCACAGCUGCUGGCAGGUUUGUACAAGGUGCAAGUGUGCUUGGUAGUGGCCAUGGUACGGCGGCUGGCAUGGCCCCACGUGCACACCUAGCCAUGUACAAGGUGUGCAAUGAGCAGGGCUGCUAUGGCUCCGAUAUACUUGCAGGAAUGGAAGCUGCUAUUGCUGACGAUGUUGAUGUCUUGUCUAUAUCACUCGGCGGUCGUCCACAAGCCUUCCAUGAAGACAUUUUGGCCAUUGGAACCUUUUCUGCCAUGAAGAAGGGGAUAUUUGUGAGUUGUUCUGCAGGGAAUUCUGGUCCUCUUCCCAGCACACUAAGCAAUGAAGAACCAUGGGUUCUGACGGUUGGUGCAAGCACAAUGGACCGGCAAAUGAAAGCCAUUGUGAAGCUAGGCAAUGGCCGCACAUUUGUUGGUGAGUCAGCCUACCAACCAUCUAACCUUGCUUCUUUACCACUGAUGUUUGAACUUGAUGAUUCUGAAAACAUCACUGGAAAAGUAGUUGCUUGUGAACUUGAAGGAUCUCAAGUUGAAAUUGGACAAUCUAUCAAGGAUAGUGGUGGUUCUGGGUUGAUAGUACUGGGAGCUGAGGAUAGUGGCUACACAACUUUUGCUGCAGCCCAUGUCCUACCAGCAUCAUAUCUGAACUCCCCAGAUGCUGCUGCGGUCAGGCAGUACAUUAAGACAUCCAACAAGCCAAUAGCCUCCAUCAUUUUCAAUGGCACGUCUCUGGGAACCACUCCAGCUCCUGUAGUUGCUUACUUCUCAUCUCGGGGGCCUAGUACAACAAGCCCUGGUAUUCUGAAGCCUGAUAUCAUCGGACCUGGAGUGAAUGUCAUUGCAGCAUGGCCAUUCAAAGUAGGACCGAAUAGAGUUGAUGAACAUGGUAUGGCCUUCAAUUCCAUAUCUGGAACAUCAAUGUCUGCACCUCACCUUAGUGGCAUUGCAGCUAUUAUCAAGAGUGCACAUCAUGAUUGGUCACCUGCGGCGAUCAAGUCAGCCAUCAUGACGACAGCCUUUGUCGUAUAUGAUAGCAAGAAGCCUAUCCUAGAUGAGAAACUCAAUCCGGCUAGUCAUUUCACUAUUGGGGCCGGACAUGUUAACCCUUCAGAAGUUAUCAAUCCAGGCCUGGUCUAUGACACUGAUGUGGAGCAAUACACUUUGUAUCUCUGUGGCCUUGGUUACACAGAUUCUGAAGUCGAGACAAUCACACAUCAGAAGGGUGUCUGCAGCAAAGGAACAAAAUUAGCUGAAGCUGAGCUGAACUACCCUUCGAUUGCAACAAGGGCAAGUGCUGGCAAACUUGUUGUGAAUCGGACUGUCACAAAUGUUGGUGAUGCAGUGUCAUCUUAUACCGUUGAGACUGACAUGCCUAAGGAAGUUAAGGCGACUGUGUCACCAACAAAGCUAGAUUUCACCAAGGAGAAGGAGAGUAAAACAUUUACUGUCAGCUUAAGCUGGGAUGCUAGCAAAACUAAGAAUGCUGAGGGAAGCUUCAAGUGGGUCUCUAGCAAGCAUGUUGUGAGGAGCCCCAUUGUAAUUUUCUAA